CAAAUCCCAAAAGUCUACCUACAGCACUUCAACACAACGACCUCAGAGGCCAGAGCUAGAUAUCCGAAUAUAUGCAGAGCUGAGCGCUGCCAUUAAUUCUCCCUCACGGAGCUCCAAAGAUCGAUGGAGGACGGGGGAAGGCAUAUGGCUAUGCCGCUGUACCGCCUCCGACAUCGCCGGCUGAUGGACAUAGCACCUGCAAGCGCAACCGAUUCAGGGCAUUCCGGCUCCAAUGGGAUGACCAUCAUGGUGUCGAUUCUGGCGGUGGUCAUCGUCUGCACUCUCUUCUACUGCGUCUACUGCUGGAGAUGGAGGAAGCGCAACGCUGUCAGGAGAGCUCAGAUAGAGAGCCUGAGGCCGCUGUCCAACUCAGACCUGCCGCUCAUGGACCUGUCCUCCAUCCAUGAGGCCACCAACAGCUUCUCCAAGGAGAACAAGCUCGGCGAAGGCGGUUUCGGGCCCGUCUAUCGGGGCGUGAUGGGCGGCGGCGCGGAGAUCGCGGUGAAGCGGCUGUCGGCGAGGUCGCGGCAGGGCGCGGCGGAGUUCCGUAACGAGGUGGAGCUGAUCGCCAAGCUGCAGCACCGGAACCUGGUCCGCCUGCUGGGCUGCUGCGUCGAGAGGGACGAGAAGAUGCUCGUCUACGAGUACCUCCCCAACCGAAGCCUCGACUCCUUCCUCUUCGAUACCAGGAAGAGUGGGCAAUUGGACUGGAAGAUGAGGCAGAGCAUCAUCCUGGGGAUCGCUCGCGGCAUGCUGUACCUGCACGAGGACUCGUGCCUCAAGGUCAUCCACAGGGACCUCAAGGCCAGCAACGUGCUCCUCGACAACAAGAUGAACCCUAAGAUCUCCGACUUCGGCAUGGCCAAGAUCUUUGAGGAGGAGGGCAACGAGGUUAACACGGGCCGCGUGGUUGGCACCUACGGGUACAUGGCUCCGGAGUACGCGAUGGAGGGCGUUUUCUCGGUGAAAUCGGACGUUUUCAGCUUCGGGGUGCUGGUGCUGGAGAUCCUCAGCGGGCAGCGGAACGGCUCCAUGUACCUCCAGGAGCACCAGCACACCCUGAUCCAAGAGGCGUGGAAGCUGUGGAACGAGGACAGGGCGGCGGACUUCAUGGACGCGUCGCUGGCGGGGUCCUACUCUCGGGACGAGGCGUGGCGGUGCUUCCACGUCGGGCUGCUGUGCGUGCAGGAGAGCCCGGACCUCCGGCCCACCAUGUCCAGCGUGCUGCUCAUGCUCAUCAGCGACCAGACGCAGAUGCCGGCGCCCGCGCAGCCGCCGCUGUUCGCCAAUAAGGCCAGCAAGAAGGCGUCCGUGUCCGAUUUCUCGCUGGCCAUGAGGACGGAGACCACCAAGACGCAGUCCGUCAAUGAAGUGUCCAUCUCCAUGAUCGAGCCACGAUGAGUGAGAUAACCAUGCAUCGAGGGCCUUAAUUGCCUCUGAUCCCCCUUUUUUAACUCCCUUUUUAAUCCCUUUUUAUCUCUUGACUUGAUAUAAGUAGUGCUGUAGUUAUUAAAGGUGGAAAUCGAGAUGUUUUACACACGCGCGCGCGCAGCGCAGGAUGACAAAGGCCGAGAGAGAAAAUUCCAGCAUCCAUUCAUUCACAUAAGAAAUCCUAUGCGUACGUGCAUGGUGGGGAGCUGGCGAGAUUGUUUCAUUCUUUGAGCAAUGGCAACAGGCACUUUUUUUGUAAAUAUGCUGCGUGUGAUCUUAAUUUCGAGCUGUAAUCGCACUAGAAAACUCCCAGCCUUUAUCGCAGGAAAAUCUUGCAACCAUGACAUACGCAGCGAGAAAAUGCAUUGGAACUUA